CACUUCCUUGACAGGUCUGAAUUGAUGAACGCUGUAGACACAGGAAAACUAAUUGCAAGAUUAUUGCUCCCAUAUCAGCCAUAAACCCGCAUGGACAAGAAGCGUUCGCCUCGCUCCGUGUCCUGCGGGCCGAGACCGAUGUCAUCGCCGUCGAGACGGAUCCCUCAAACCCGAGCGUCAGAUUGUCAACAUUACCGGGGAUGAAUGGUGGCGCGUCUGCUGAACGUCAAUACUAAAGCGUCAAAAUGAGACUGCUAUUUUCUCUGCUGAAGAACAACAAUCCCAAAGUGGAGUAUUACUCCAGGUUCUCACCGUCACCGCUUUCCAUCAAGCAGUUUUUGGAUUUCGGGAGGGAGAACGCAUGUGAGAAAACAUCGUACAUGUUCCUGCGCAAGGAGCUGCCCGUGCGUCUGGCCAACACCAUGCGAGAGGUCAACCUGCUGCCCGAUAAGCUGCUCAGCCAGCCGUCCAUCCGCCUGGUCCAAAAAUGGUACAUGCAAAGCUUUGUGGAGCUGCUGGACUAUGAGAACCGAAAGCCUGAAGAUCCUCACGCAUUGAAUGACUUCCUGGAGUUGCUGAUCGAGAUCCGCAACCGCCACAACGACGUGGUUCCAACCGUGGCGCAGGGCGUCAUCGAGUACAAGGAGAAGUUUGGCUUCGACCCCUUCGUCAGCAGCAACAUCCAAUAUUUCCUGGACCGCUUCUACACCAACCGCAUCUCCUUCCGCAUGCUCAUCAAUCAGCACACGCUCCUGUUCGGAAACGACACCAACCCGGCUCAUCCCAAACACAUCGGCAGCAUCGAUCCCACCUGCUGCGUGGCCGAAGUUGUCAGCGAUGCGUAUGACACGGCCAAAAUGCUGUGUGAGAAGUACUACUUGGCUGCUCCUGAGCUCCACGUUGAAGAGUUCAACAGUAAGAGAUUUCAAGUGAAGAGCCCCAGAAAGUCGAUCCAGGUCGUGUACGUGCCCUCUCAUCUUUUCCACAUGCUGUUUGAGCUCUUCAAGAACUCCAUGAGAGCCACGGUGGAGCUUUAUGAGAACAGCACAGAAGGAUUGCCAGCCGUGAAAGCAAAAGUCACUCUUGGUCAAGAGGAUCUCUCCAUCAAGAUCAGCGACAGGGGAGGAGGAGUCCCUCUGAGGAAGAUCGACCGCCUUUUCAACUACAUGUACUCCACAGCCCCGACGCCCAGCCUGGAGCCGGGCGCCGUCCCCCUUGCCGGCUUUGGCUACGGUUUACCCAUUUCUCGGCUCUACGCUCGAUACUUCCAAGGGGAUCUGAAGCUGUACUCCAUGGAGGGUGUGGGCACCGAUGCCGUCAUCUAUUUGAAGGCCCUGUCGAGCGAGUCCUUUGAGCGGCUGCCCGUCUUCAACAAGUCGGCGUGGCGACACUACACCACCAGCCCCGAAGCGGACGACUGGAGCAACCCCAGCAAGGAACCGCGCGAUGCCAGCAAGUCCAAGUACAAGACCAACAGAUAACUCGGCGCGCUCCUUUACAAAUGACCAGAUAAGCAUUCCAAAAAGUCUCACUUGUGCAACUCCAUUUUCUUCCGGGCAAGGUGACGCUUGUUCAAAUGUGCUUUUGGUUUUUCGCCUCAUGUCCCAACCUCAGCUUGGCACACGGCUUCCUGCACUUCGAUGAGUCAUUUGCGUCCAAAGGGCGUUUUCGCUUCUCCCCUCACACUCUCAGAGUUUUUCAGAGUUUCAGUGGUGUCGUUCUUUCUUUGAGAGAUCACUUUGGACAAGUUUGAAAAUGAGACCAAGUGCCAGCUAAUUGGCUCUUAUUAACCAAGAGCAAACACGCAGUCUGUAAAUAUUAGUUUUCCGCUUGGUUUCUUUUACCAUCAUUAUUUUUACUUGGAGUGUGUGUGUGUGUGUAGGGACGGGGCGGGGGGUCAUUUCUUUUAAUCAGGCAGGACACAAAGGCUGAAGGCUUUGUGGCCUGCAAAAGAAAAUCUGAAUCAAACACAAUCCAAAAGUGUGCACUUUAUGAAUAUUACGCUGAUUGAUGUAUGAUUUCAUUUGACUCAAGUUUAAUCGAUUGUUAAGAAUUUCUAAUGCAACGUUUUAGAGGAUUCCGUCCUCGAGGACGAUUGAAAUUGGUUAAGCCUUUGAGGGACAGCGCUUACCACGUUAUCAGGUUGGAGGGUGCAUGAAGGACUGAAAAGAACAAAUGCAGAGUUUGCGAUCCGAAGGCCCGUUGAAGCCCGAUAUCCUAUUGUUGCUUUUUGAAUCCGUUCUUUGAGUGUUGAAGAACAAACCCGGCAUGUAGACAACCGCGAAUAAUAUAUAAUAUAUAAUAUAUAAUAUAUAAUAUAGAUAUAAUUUGUUGAUUAUGUAUCUCUCAUUUUGCCUCUCCCGGCUUCAAACCGUGUCUCGAUAUGCCUGAACUGUGAUGGUGGCCCCAUGCCGACAUGCAAUCACGAACCCAAAAGCCAGCGAGAGAGCAAAAAUCGGAUUCGGCAUAAGAAUAAAUCACCUUUUGUCAAACAUGAGAAUAAAAAUAUGGAUGUUGUGUAUGUGA